UCACUGGCUUCUGAGUGGACACAUCAGCCAGAAUGAGGAAAGCAAACUGGUUUGGCUUACUGCUGGUGAUUUACUUGGGCAAUGUUUGGGAGCCUUUGACUGUCACCAGCCAGACCUGCUCCCCAGGAUAUCAACAGUCCGGGAAUGGGACGUGCCUCGAUCGCGACGAGUGUGAAUCCAGCCCGUGUGGCUCCAACGCAACGUGCACCAACACAGAGGGAGCGUUCCUCUGCAAGUGUGACGCAGGGUUUGCCUCCAUCAAAGGAGAGACUGAGUUCACCAACUUAACGAUUCGCUGUGAAGAUAUAAAUGAGUGUGAAACCAAAUUUGGUUUGUUCACCUGUUCAUUUCAGGCAACGUGUUACAAUACUAUUGGGAGCUUCUACUGUAGCUGUUACGAAGGCUACGAAACUAUUCGAGGGGAAAGGAACUUCACAGUCAAAUCAUAUUGCAAAGAUCGCAUCGAGUGUGAAUCCAGUCCGUGUGGCUCCAAUGCAGGUUGUCAGAACACACUGGGAAGUUUCUACUGCGUAUGUGAUCCCGGCUUUGUCACCAGCACUGGAAAAUCUUUUUUCAGUGACGACAGCACUCUCUGUGAAGAUAUUGAGGAGUGUAAAUCCAUUACGUGUGGCCCCAACACAACGUGUCACAACACAGAGGGAGCUUUCUACUGCAUGUGUGACCCAGGGUUUGCCACGAGCACCGGAAACACUACUUUCGUCAACACAACGACUGUCUGUGAAGAUUUGGAUGAGUGUAAAUCCAACAUAUGUGGCACCAAUGCGACUUGUCACAACACCGUGGGAGCUUUCUACUGCACGUGUGACACAACAUUUGUCUCUACCACCGGAGAAGCUUCCUUCACCAAUGGAACAACUCACUGUGAACAUUUUGACUGUCUUCCUGACGUGAACAAGCACGAUGCAAUCAUUGGGGAGCGAUGUGAUUCCAGCCGCCCAGUCGGAUUCCGAAAGAAUCCUCAGCUGCUCGGCAGUGAGUUCUGCCCUGUGAUCGAGAAAAUCUUCCACUUGGCUGAUGAGUUCUGUCAAAACUUUACCAGGCGACUCGCUUUGGAGAACGUCACGUCAUUCGCAAGCGACCUCGUGGGCAGAGACGAGCUGUGGAACAGUAUGGAGACUGACGAGCGCAUGCAAUCUGCUAACGCCUUCCUAACCCUGGUGGAGAAUCCGCAAUUGCGGCUGCAUUGGAUCUGCCCGAUCAGGGAGUGA